AUGACCCCGGAAACUCUUGAAAUCGAAUUAACAAACCACACUGCGUCCCCCACGGUUUACGCCACAAUCACCGGCUUAGCAAUUGACCACUCAAAUGCCUGGUUUCUUCUCCAAUCCGACGGGAAAACACCAUACUUCCCUUGCUCCCCAUCCAAGAUCCUGCAGCCGCUAUCCGAAAACUGUGCAAUCCCGUUAAGUGAGCCCGGAAAAUCAAUUACCGUCACAAUACCCCGCAUCGCCGGUGGAAGAAUAUAUUUGUCAAUCGAUAAACCCCUAGUAUUCUUACUAAACCCUGGCCCGGCAUUGGUGGAACCGUCGGUGACCAACCCCACCGAUAAGAAUUAUGACGCAAAUUGGGGGUUUAUGGAGUUUACAUACAACUCGGAUCAACUUUACGCAAAUAUUAGUUAUGUGGAUUUCGUCGCGUUUCCAAUCGCGUUGACGCUUGUGACGUCUACGGGCGAGGAGAAAAAAGUGCUCGGGUUACCGAAGGAUGGUUUACAGACCAUCGCUCAGGGUCUUGGAGAGCAAAGUGGGAAAGAUGGACAAGGGUGGAAAGACCUUGUCGUUAAUGAUAAAGAAGGGAAAUUACUGAGGAUUUUAAGUCCAAACCAGGGGAUUGUUCUAAAUCGGUCACUGUUUAAUGGGUAUUUCGAAUCAUAUAUCGAUGAAGUCUGGAACCACUUUUCUUCACAGGAACUAAAAAUCGACACCCAAUGCGCAUUUGGCAUGGUCACAGGUACUGCCUGCACAUCCACAUCCACUUUCACCUUCAACUCCUCCCAAAAGCCAGAAUCUUUCAAAAAACCAACAACAGCAGAUAUCUUCAACGCCUCUUCCGGCCCCUUUCAAACCGGCCCUUCGCCACUGCGUAAUGCUAUAAUCCCACGUCUGAACGCAGCUUUCAAUAGAACGGUCUUAUUAAAUUGCGAUUGUGAGAUUCCGGCGAGAAAUCGAGGAGCGUUUUAUGAGAGAGAAGUUACGAAUCAUUAUGCUAGGUUGGUUCAUGAGGUUAAUGUUGAUGGGAAGGGGUAUGCCCACCCUUAUGACGAUGUUGCGGCCAGUGGUGGUGGGGAUCACAGUGGAUUUGUGAAUGACGGUGCGCCAAAGAAGUUGAUUGUUAUCGUAGGAGGGCAAUAG